GACUAUAGCAUUUUAUCGAACACUGAUAAGCGUGAUAUCUAUCGUAUGACCUAUCUUUACAAAACGGAAGCUUAAAAGAAACACAGGCUAAUAUGGCAUCUGCAUCUGAAAUUGACUGUGGUCCUUGUAAAUAUCGCACAAUUGUAGUUCCUGGUAUAGUUUGGUGUCCAAUCUGUGAAGAGGGACUAUGUAGUGAAUGUCUGGAUCACCAUAAAGCCGUAAAGGCACUAAGAAACCAUGAUACUAUACCAAUAGAUUGCUAUCAAGAUAUUCAAAAGGAAGUGCGUGAUUUAGAUUUGCAGUGUACACUUCACAAUGAAAAGUAUGAACUAUACUGUCCUGUUCAUGAAGUUCACUGCUGUUUCCAAUGUGCAAAUUCCGAACAUAACAAAUGCAUAGGAGUAACCCUUCUUCAUAAAUUCAUAGAAAACAUUAAAUCAUCAGCUUCUCUUGUCAGUCUAGAACAGGCAUUACAAGAAAGAAUAACACACUUUGAAAAGAUAAAGUUAAAUAGAAAAGGAAACAUAAAUAGAAUUGAAAAGCAGGCAUCCGAUAUGGAAGAAGGAAUUGGUAAUAUUCGAAGUGAUUUAGAAAACCGAAUUGCAGCUACCGAAAGCCAAUUGAAAACAGAUUUAAAGAUUCAAAAACAAGAACAAAUAAGUUCGAUACAUGAUGUCAUCAAUCAAUUAGAAAGUCAUAGCAAUGUCUGCAGUGAAAUGACUUCAACACUUUCAAAAUUAAAAAAGAAUGGGACAAACUUCCAAUUAUACACCAUCAUUAAGAAAUAUGAAGCUAAUUUGAAAAAAGAAGAUAAAGCCUUAGGGUUCACAGAAAAAGAAAAGGGAAUGCAGGAAAUUGAUUUUUACUUUUCCAAAUCAUCUGAGAUUGACCAAUUUCUUACCAAAGAUUCCAGUUUUGGGACAAUAGAGAUAAAUCGUUUACCCCCAAAAUGGGAAAAAAGUAUCAGAAAAGAUCACACUGCACAAAUGCUUUCAACAGAAUCGGUAAAUUCUGCUGUUAUUUCAAAGCAAUUGCAAAAAGUUCCAGAUCAUGAAAAUGCAAUCAUACAUACAGUUAAGAAACUGGGUUCGGUUGCUUCAAUGAAAUUUUUAAAGUAUAUAGAUACUGAAUGCUUAACGACAGAGUGUGACAAUAUAGAAGAUGCCAAUUUAUCAAAUGCUGUAAUACUACCCUCAGGGGAUAUUAUCAUCACCAAUUCUGGUGAUCAGGGUGGCAUUUCAGUUUUUGAUAAAAAUGGAUGUUUGAUAUCAGAAAUUACAAAUCUCGGUAAAGCUCAUUGUGCCUGUCUAGUAGAUAGCAGACAUUUAGCAUUUUCAUUCCCAACAAAUGAAAAUGUAAAGCUAGUGAGCGUUGACCACAUGACACUUCUUAAAACGUUUAGGCUUGGCUUCAUGUGUGUCGGAUUAGCAUCUGCAAAAGGAAAUAUUGUGGUCUGUACUAGACCCUCUAGUAUAUUUAUUAUAGACAUAGAUGGCAACAUUUUGAAAGAAAUGGAUUUACACUUGAAUGGUAUUACUCAUGUGCAGUUUUACCAGAAGUACAUGUUAAUAACACAGGCAAAAUCAAAUAUAAUUUGGUGUUUUGAUCAAUAUGGAAACGAGGAGAAACAAUUUGACUUGGGUAAUAUGGACUUCAGAAACCUGUGUGUUGAUAAAUAUGGAAACAUUUUUUUUUCUGAAGUAAACUCGAACAAAAUUUAUGUACUUUCUUUUACAAGUGGAAAGACAAGAGAACUUUUGAAUGAGAUUGAUGGCUUAGAACAACCAAAAGCCAUUGCAUAUAACGACAAAUCGAAUUCACUGGUGAUUGCUGGGAAGAAUGGCGUUUUCUCUGCCAUUUAUGACAUUGUCUAUGAAUAAAGAUUA